GGCGCUUCCGGUGGCGGCAGGGGAGCGGGAGCGGGAGCCUGACUGCGGGGCUGCGCAGCUCGGCGCGGGACAUGGACAUUCUCAAGGCGGAGAUCAGCCGGAAGCGGCAGUUGCUGGAGGAGAAGGAGCUCAUGGGGGGAAACAGAAAAUAUUUCAAGCGCAGUGAGCUAGCUAAGAAAGAAGCGGAAGCAUACUAUGAAAGAUGUGGCUACCAGGUACAACAGAACGAGGAGGAAGAGAAACCAGUGACUUCAUCGAAUCCAGUGUUGGAGCUAGAACUGGCAGAAGAGAAGUUACCCAUGACUCUUUCCAGACAAGAGGUGAUUAGGAGGUUGAGAGAGAGAGGUGAACCAAUCAGAUUGUUUGGAGAAACAGAUUAUGAUGCAUUUCAGCGUUUGAGGAAAAUAGAAAUUCUUGCACCUGAAGUUAACAAGGGUUUGAGAAAUGACCUGAAGGCUGCUCUGGAUAAGAUUGACCAGCAGUAUCUGAAUGAAAUUGUAGGAGGUCAGGAACCAGGAGAAGAAGACACACAGAAUGAUCUGAAAGUCCAUGAAGAAAAUACUACUAUUGAAGAAUUGGAGGCUUUGGGAGAAUCCUUAGGACGAGGUGAUGAUCACAAAGACAUGGACAUCAUAACCAAAUUCUUGAAGUUUCUUCUGGGCGUCUGGGCCAAGGAGUUGAAUGCCAGAGAGGAUUACGUGAAACGCGGAGUGCAGGGGAAACUAAACAGUGCCACGCAAAAGCAGACAGAAUCCUAUCUGAGACCCCUCUUCAGAAAACUGCGGAAAAGGACUAUCCCUGCAGACAUUAAAGAAUCAAUAACAGAUAUUAUUAAAUUCAUGUUGCAAAGGGAAUACGUGAAGGCUAAUGAUGCAUACCUUCAGAUGGCCAUUGGCAAUGCUCCCUGGCCUAUUGGUGUCACUAUGGUUGGCAUCCAUGCCCGAACUGGUCGGGAAAAGAUUUUCUCUAAGCAUGUGGCCCACGUUUUGAAUGACGAGACUCAGAGGAAAUAUAUUCAGGGACUGAAGAGGCUCAUGACCAUUUGCCAGAAACACUUCCCAACAGACCCAUCCAAAUGUGUGGAGUACAAUGCUUUGUGAGUCUCUUGUCUGCCCACGGUGCAAAUCAUUUUCUGCUCUCCUAGACCCAGAGAGGGAGAAGAGAACAGCACAGUCUUAGCCGGAAAUCGACCAGAAACUUGGGGUGGGUCUGGGACAAUAGCAUAAAGCAAAGCCUUUGUCUAGAGCUUGAUUUCUACAAACCACAUCUAUUUUCAUUUCUUUUAAGCACUGUGUACAUCACCCUCAACAGAUCCUGAACCCACUUGGGAUUUUUUGGAGGCGGGGUGUCUUUAUUUUAACUGUUCUGGAAAUCAUAGGGGCCAAACUCCAUUUCUUUUCCCACAGCUCAGAAACUUAGGUCGAACUCGUCUGUUGCUUUUAUUGGACUCUUUCCAAUUGGAGGUUGGUGUGGGCAGAUGAUUAGAAGGAAACAGUUGAAACUGAAUUCUAAUUAUUUCUGUAAAUAUGAACAUUUCAAUGUCUAAUCUUUCAUGUGGUAUUUAUAAGAAAAAAGAAACAUUUCUCAGCUGAAAAGUACAACCAAA